GGUCGCCGCGCCAGCUGAUGCAGUGAGAGCCCGAGCACUGACGCCGGAGGACGUCCGCAGCUCCCCUCAGGUUGGAUCACUGGUCGUGCUGAGAUCGAUUCACGGCGUCGCAUGUGCUCGCGCGCUCACCUCUAACCUCAGAAAGCCCAUAUUUACUUGAGGUAUACUGCGUUUACAUUAGAGCGAUACAGCACAAGAGUAAGAUUCCUUCAGCUUCGCCUGCAAAAAUGACGGAAAAACAGCUUCUGAAGCAAAGUGAUAACACUUUCACUCCGCCAGCGACCAAAAACAAUGAGCGAGGCAGCAAAGUGACCAUAUGGGUUCUGGUCGCCCUGUUCACCGCCGUCAUGGGCUCCAGUGUUCCUGCGGGAUACAGCCUAGGAGUCAUCAACACUCCGCAAGAGAUAAUUCGCAGUUGGUUGCGGGUGACAGUUCUCCAGCGUUAUGGCGUCACCCUCAGUGCAAGCGAAGAAGUGUCUCUGUGGGCGGUGAUUGUGACCCUCUAUGUGGUUGGAGCCAUCAUAGGCGCACCGGCAGGGGCAACUGUUGCAGACAGAAUUGGAAGGCGCAUGGCUCUGCUGUUCAAUCACUUGUUGCUCAUGGCAACAGCUCUGGUUUUGGCCCUGUGCAAGGGCGCAGGAUCCGUGGAAAUGCUAUUCAUUGGUCGCUUCACGUCUGGGCUGUGUUCAGGACUGUCCACGAGCCUGGUUCCUCUCUACCUGUCAGAAGUAGCCCCAGCUUCAUGGAAGGGAGUUAUGGGUGUCACUUUCCCAAUGGGCAUGUGCAUAGGUGUUCUUGUGUCACAAAUUAUGGGCAUGGAUAGUAUCUUAGGUACAGUUGAUAAUUGGAAUUACUUAUUAGCUGCAUAUGCUGUGUUUGUUGCUAUGGCACUUCUCCUUCAUCCAGCACUUCCAGAGUCUCCAGCAUAUUGUUACAUUAACGCACGGGAUGAAGUGAGAGGACGAAGGGAACUAAGACGUCUGUGUGGAAAGGACGAUAAAUUCAUUGAGGCUGAGGAGACUGCUCUUAAGGUCAUGGCUGGUAUGAAAAACAAAGCACAAGAUGAAAGCAGUGGAUGGACCUUUUCUCAGAUGAUCAUGAACCCUAAAUAUCGAAUGUCAUUAGCAAUUGCAAUGAUCUUCAAUGCAGGCCAGCAAUUUUCUGGCAUCAAUGCAGUAUUCUUUUACUCGACUCUAAUCUUCCGAAGUGCUGGACUAGACAUCCAGCAGAGUCAAGGUGCAUCUAUCGGUGCUGGAGUAAUUAACUGCAUAAUGGCUCUAGCUGCAGCACCCUUAAUCAAAUAUUGCAGAAGAAGAGUGCUUUUGAUGACAUCCAUAGUACUCUGCAUCAUCUGUCAAAUUGGGCUAAUGAUUUCUCUGCAACUGAUCUCAGAAUACCGCUCUGCUUCUUUCGUUGCCAUAGGCGCUCUCAUGGCCUAUGUCUUAUUCUAUGGCAUGGGUCUAGGACCUAUUCCUUUCAUGAUUGCAACUGAGCUAUUUCCAUCUGGCCCAAGAUCUGUUGGAAUUUCUAUUGGAAGUACAAGCAACUGGAUCAGUAACCUUGUCGUUGGUCUGACUUUCCCUCUCCUGCAAGUGCAGUUUGGAGAGUUAUCCUUCUCAUUCUUUAUUGCGUCAUCCAUUUUGUUGUUCAUCUUUGUUUUUAGAUUCCUGCCAGAAACACUUGGCAAAGACGAGCCGCCUUCACCUCCAUCAUCAUUUGAAUUCAUCAUCGACAGUGACAGCUUGGAAACACCACCUUCAGACGUCCUUAAAAAUAUGAUUUAAAGGGUAACAAAAAUAUUCAUGUACAUUUAAAUUUUGAAAGGACUAAGAAUAUAAAGCACAAUUAUUUUAACGGACACCUUGGUUCUUUUGAAGUGUUUAGAAGAUAUUCUAAGACAGUUGAAUAUUAAGACUAUCAGAAAUAUUUGCAAUAUGCAUUAUGAAAAUUGAAAGAAUUUAGUAUAUUCCAAAACACAAUUGUAGCUGCUGAGUCAAAAAUAAUGUUUUAUUUUUAUAAAAAGAGCAAAAUCAGUGGUUUUCAACAUUUAACUUGAAUGUUUGACAUGCUUUGCUGUUCAAUUCUAGUUAUUUAUUUAUUUUAUUUAUCUAUUUAUAUUUUUUUACAGUGAAAGAUUAAUUCCUAGUGAUCUAAUAAGUAAAAGUGGUAUUUCUGAAAGAUAAGCAAUAUAUAUUUUAUACUGAAUCACAAAAAUAGGUUUGUGAAAAGAUAAUGGAAAGAGUUUUAUAGGAUAUCCAUGCAUUAUUAAUGAGUGCACUAUCUACCAUAAUGCAUAAUGUUUAAUGGAAAUAGAUCUGUUCUUUUAACACGUUACCUGCGUUAUGACAAAACCAAGACUCCCCUCUAUCGAGGCAACCUUCACAAUGCUCUCACACUAGACCCAGUGAAGCUAUGAGGAAGAAAACUUGUAUGUUUUAUAGUGCUUACUUUUCUACUCAUUCAUGUCCCUUGUUAAUGUAUGAAAGCCAAAACCAUAGCCAAUCUAUGUAUAAAGAGGAAAAAUAUACAUUAAAUAUAUACUUUUUUUUUACUCAUCUUUGCACCACCAGUGUAUCAACUCCCAAUGAGGGAAUAUCGUGUGGGCCAAGACACAGGUAAUGUGUUAAAAUAAUCAAAAUAGGAAUGGUAAUGAGGUACUUUCCUUCCUUCAAAGGUUACUGUGCAUUUUAACACAACUGGUUUUAUAGUACUAUUGCAUUUAUAUUUUUCUUGUAAUAGGUUUGUUUGUCCUUUGUAGAUGUGAAUGACAAUUUGUCAAUGUUCAAGUAUCUGUUUAUCUUUAAUUUAUAAAAAAGAUACAAUUUUUUUAUGACUAAAUAGUUUUAUUUCAUUUUCUAUUUGUUUUUGUAACUGUAUAGUGAUAAUUUUCAUAUUUUAUAUUUGAGUGUAUAUACACAUAUACUUGGAAUAUUACAUGUAAUUCCCCUAUAGUAGGAAAUAGUGUUGUCAAAAUAAGCAACUUCUCUUUUUUUGGCUACUUCUUUUUAAUGUAGUUAUAAUAUGUGUAUUACGUUGUUGUAAUAAGCUUUGUGCGUAACUGCUUCAAAGAGAAAGGUUCAUGUAAGAAAAUAAUAUAUAGUUUUAUAUAAAUAGAGCUUUUAUAUAUUAUAGUCUUGAAAUGAAACAUGGUUAUAGAAAUUCAUAUUGAAUCGAAUUCUACUUCUUUAUGUUUGUAUACAAUGUUUUACAUUGUAUGUAGAAGUUGGCAUUUACAUUAAUUACUGCUUAUGUUCAUGUUUUCCAACAUGGUGUUGGAAAUUGAGAACAAUUUUGAUGCAUUUAAUUUAAAUGCAGUGUUUUCUACUUGAAAUAAAAUUUCAAAUAAACUUU